UCCUUCCAAUAAUGAACACUGGGCAUGGAGUCCUUCCAGGAAUGAACACUGGGCAUCGAGUCCUUCCAGUAAUGAACAGUGGGCACGGAGUCCUUCCAGUAAUGAACACUGGGCACUGAGUCCUUCCAGUAAUGAACACUGGGCAUGGAGUCCUUCCAGGAAUGAACAGUGGGCACGGAGUCCUUCCAGUAAUGAACACUGGGCAUGGAGUCCUUCCAGGAAUGAACAGUGGGCACGGAGUCCUUCCAGUAAUGAACAGUGGGCACGGAGUCCUUCCAGUAAUGAACACUGGGCACUCAGUCCUUCCAGUAAUGAACAGUGGGCACGGAGUCCUUCCAGUAAUGAACACUGGACACUGAGUCCUUCCAGUAAUGAACACUGGGCACUGAGUCCUUCCAGUAAUGAACACUGGGCACUGAGUCCUUCCAGUAAUGAACACUGGGCACUCAGUCCUUCCAGUAAUGAACACUGGGCACCGAGUCCUUCCAGGAAUGAACAGUGGGCACUGAGUCCUUCCAGUAAUGAACACUGGGCACUCAGUCCUUCCAGUAAUGAACACUGGGCACCGAGUCCUUCCAGUAAUGAACACUGGGCACCGAGUCCUUCCAGUAAUGAACACUGGGCACUGAGUCCUUCCAGUAAUGAUGACUACUCAAAUUUUGAUGUUGCUCUAGUAAAGGAGUUAUCUAAUGCCUAUAUAUCAUCCGACUACAUCGAGACAUGGGCCCU